AUGUUUGACAUGGUUGAAGAUAAAUACAUCGGCCUCGCUCUGGCCAUUGCCUCUACCCUCGCCAUCGGUACCAGCUUCGUCAUCACCAAAAAGGGCCUGAAUGACGCGGCGGACAAACAUGGAUUCGAAGGAGAUGGGUUUGCCUACCUGAAAACACCUCUGUGGUGGGCUGGCAUCGUGUCUAUGGUCAUUGGAGAGAUUGCCAACUUCGCCGCAUACGCUUUCGCUCCUGCUAUUUUAGUGACGCCUCUGGGUGCUCUCAGUGUACUGAUCGGCGCUGUCCUCGGCGCCUACUUUUUGGACGAAGAACUGGGAGUUUUGGGCAAGCUGGGCUGUGCCAUCUGCCUCCUUGGAUCCAUCAUUAUCAUCCUCCACGCGCCGCCUGACGCCCCUAUCGACACAGUGGACCAGAUACUCGAAUUUGCAAUGAAGCCAGCGUUUAUAAUAUAUUGUCUGGCCGCAAUUGUCUUUUCCACUGUAAUGAUCUACAAGGUCGCCCCGACGUAUGGCAGGAAAAACCCAUUAAUAUUCAUUUCCAUAUGCUCAACCGUUGGGUCGGUCUCGGUCAUGUCGGUUAAAGCUUUUGGAAUCGCCGUCAAGCUGACCUUUGCUGGAAACAAUCAGUUUACCCACGCCUCGACGUACGUGUUCAUGAUUGUUACGGUGGUGUGUAUUUUGACACAAAUGAAUUACCUUAACAAGGCGCUGGCGCAGUUCUCGACCUCGAUUGUCAAUUUAUUGUACUAUGUCACUUUUACCACCGCCACGCUCUGUGCAUCGUUCAUCCUUUUCCAGGGAUUCAAUACCACCGACGCCGUCAACACCAUCUCCCUCCUUUCCGGUUUUCUGGUCAUUUUUGCCGGAGCGUAUCUACUCAACUUAUCUCGAGGCGACCCAGAUGGACACCGAAUACUCAACAAUAAGAUCAAUGAGGACGGAAUUCCAACCGAUCCACUGGCCACUUAUUCUACGAGGAGGAGCAUGCAAGCCAGGAGAAGCUUCGAUCCGCAUCGGAGGAGUAGCAGUUUAACGUUCAGUCCAGGUGGCCUGCGCAACAUGAAUGGCGAAAAUGCAGGGCUGAUGCACAGUUAUGACGUGGAACACAAUGCUUUUGGGCUGACAGACUUGGUGGAGGAUCCAGAUGAGAUACAGGGCGGAAGUGGAAGUCGAAGUCCGAAUGGAGCAGCAGUGACCCAGGUAUCGCAUCCUCCACACUCAAAGAGCAUGGACCGGUAA